GUCUAGGUGCGAAGGCUGUUGGGAUUGGGCGGGGGUUCCUAUUCUCGCUGAAUUAUGGGAAGGGGGGUAUCGAGAAGUUCGUUAGUAUUCUUGUCGAUGAACUGGUGACGACUAUGCAGAUGUGCGGCAUCACUAGUCUCGACCAAGUUCAUCCUGGGUUACUACAUACAGGGGCUGUUGACCACCUUGUUCCUGGGUCUGAAGAGCAUCCGUAUGCCAGGUGGAAGCCAAAGUUACGAAGGAGCAAACUAUAAAAUAGAAAUCAAUAUUAUAUAUGACUUACGUACCUCAUGUACCUUAUUUGGGUCGGUAUCUGUAUACUAAAGAAACACAUAACACACAUAGAAAAAUCUAACAAGGUUGUCACCCAGAUACCUGUAACUAUGCUUACUCACUCAGUUACGACAAAGGUACAUUCGCACAUCAUACGUUUCCCAGAGCAUUGAACUUGUUAACACCAGACAAACCCUACUCACUAUACGACGCACACUCAUUUUCUGUCAAACGCACCUACGAAGAAGGUAGCUUCCAUGACAACAAACAUUGUCAUUAGACUAUUUAAGGUUGGACGAGGAGACCUGAAAAGCUGGCGUGCCUAUAAUCGCCUAGGGGCUCUCUUUGGAAUACCACAACUCUAUGAUCGUGAGGGCAAUCGUCUGGAUAGCUAUACAACAGACCUUCCUUCUAAGGAAGACGUCGAAGCAGCAAGGGCUAAGCUAAAGCAAGAGAAAAAGCAGACUAAGGAGCAUCAAAGCACCCUCCCAGAGUUACAUAUUGAAGGGGACUUCCACAAUAAGUCAGUCCAUGUCUUCGAUAGUCAUCAGGGUAAUACCAUCCGUAUCCGAUCAGGACCCAGUGGUGCUAGCGGGGUAUCAGUUCAUACAGAAAAGGUUGUUGUAAAGCACACCUCAACCAAGGAACAUAUACCUCACAAGCAUAUGCCGCUUAGGAAACACGUUUCAAGCAAGCAAACUUCAGAAUCUGAUACGGAUGAUGAAGGCUCGGAUCUCGAAGAGGUCAUUCAUACAAAGCACGCUCAAAGCUAUAAGUCUUCAUCUAAGAGACACAUUGCAGCUAAGCAUAUCCCAGUAGAAUCCGACUCGGAGGAAAGUUCGGACCCUGAAGAGGUUGCUGCCAAGAAAAAGCAUAUUCAUACCAAGCACGCCCCGGGCAAAGAGCGGAAGAAGGCAAAGAAAGUCCUACCUCUUUCCGACGAAGAUUCGGAUACUCUAGUAGAGUCUGAAACAGACGAUGAAAGUUCUGAGUCUGAAGAAGUCGCUGCUCCGAAGUGCACCAAAAACAAACAUCACACUUCAAACAAGCACGCCCCGAUCCGGAAGACUAAGAGAACAGCUAAGCCCGCCCCUCCCUCUGAAAGCGAGUCAGACUCUUCUCAAGAAGAAUCCGAUACAGAAGGGGAGGAAGGAUCUGAGUCAGAGGAGGUCGUUGCCCCUCAAUCCUCUCGCAACAAGAAGAAAGCUCCAGCCAAGCAUACUUCAAGCAAGAAGAAGGCCUCUACUAAAAAGACAAGGAGGGUAGCCAAACCUGUGUCCCCUCCCUCAAGCGAGUCCGAUUCAACUGAAGAAGAAUCCGAAGAAUCAGAGGAGGAAUCAGAAGAGGAUAGUUCCGAAGAUGAAGAGGUCACUGCUGGAAAGGAGCCCAGGAGGGACUUGGAAACCAUCCAAAUGGAUGGUUAUAGGGACGAUGAUUGGUCCGUCUACGAAGAUGGCAUGAUCUGCUUCAUGAAAGCAAAAGGUAACUCCUCACGGAAGAUAGCCCAAGAGCUUGAGCGAGAAGUAUCAGAGGUCCAAAUACGCAUACAGGAGAUCAUGGAACUAGCCGAGGAAGGCGGACUCACAAUCGAGCGCCUUGGUGAGAUCUACACCCAGGAUGUGAAGAAGAACAUGAAAAAGAGAAAAGAAGAUGCCAAGCCAAAACAUCAAGCCUAUGCGGAGACUGUCAUUGAUAACUCCGAUGAAGAGCCCAAGACAAAGGGUAAAGGCAAGGAAAAGGCGAAGGUUGACGACACUAAUUCCAACCAUGGCAAGGGGCCUAGCUCUGUUCAUUCUUCCUCCUCCUCUGAGUCCCUCCUUUCCUACGGAACCUUUCCACCGAUCGUCGUGCCAGCACGCGAACGCCUCGAUAUGAUGCACACAUUAUCGCGUCUAUAUCCCAAUCAAAAAGUCUUCUAUCCGGACAGCAACUUCAGCGUCCAGGACUGCCAUGCCCUCGCCAUUGCCGAGGCGCGGUACCGUGGCCAACAGUACGCCUACAUUCAGAGUGGGUUCGCCAACCUCACGGGGCGGUACUUGGAUACCGAGGUGCUGAAGGCCAAGCUUGCUCAGGGUAUAAACCCUUACGAUCAGACUUACGUAAACUGGGGUGGAUACCGGCAGUAUUAGAGAAUGGGGUGCUUUGGGGAGGAAAGAUAACUGGAGAUUUCAUCGGUGGAUGGUGGCCUUGCUGGGGGGGAUAUUGCACGAGGGGUUCAAGAGGUUCCAUAGAGGAUUUUGGUACGCAGGGCGGACUUUGGCUUUCCAGUUCAGAAGGAUAUGAACAAAUUUUAUUCCUCGAGUGUACGAGCACAAGAAAUGCUCCUCGACAGGCCUGAGUGGUGGGGUAGGAAAAGAGGCCUUGGUUGAGUUAUGGUUGGGUUGGGCUCACUCGGGCAAAUAACAACUUAGUACACAUAUUAUAUUACACUUACUUGCUUACCUUUGCGAGUAUGAUAAUAUAAAUCCUCG